AUACAAAAUUUGAGUUUGCGUACAUUAAACUAAUUGUUUUCAUUGAAUUUGAGUGAGAUUGCCUUGGGUUUCCACAAAUUUUAAGGAUCAUACACCCUUAAUAUUUGCACAGUUGGCCAUGCUUUUUGUCACUAAUCAUAGCCUUGCGAACAGAAGCAACGGUUUUAUAAAUCCCAUUUCAUUCCGAGUCGUAACCAGAUACGGUGGUAGCAAGAACAUACGAGGCCAAAAUCUAUCUAAAUAGCAAAAUGUGCUUCGAUAUUGAUGUAACAACGAUGACCCUAGAAGCCCUACGUGAGACGUUGCAACGGCUUUCAUCCCUUGUGGCCCAACCAAGUGUAGUCGAACGCCUUCCGGACGGCGGUCACCAACUCAAAGCCGCCUUGGAAAAGGUGAGGGAAGAAAUCAAAUUCAGAGAAAACCUUGAUGCAGCAAGCAAAAAAAUGAAAGAGCUGUCAUUGAAAUCUUCUUCGGACACGAACAUGGCUGCUGCCCAUGAUAUGCGUUUGUGCUCUUUGGAAAAGCGGCCCGAACAACAGCGCUUCAAACCAAAUAUGACCAAAAAAGCUCUACCUAGUGGUCGUACUGAGUCCAUGCCAGAUAUGCAUACGGGAGUUAAAAGUCUGGAUCUUCCUAUGUCUCUGCGUUUGCAGAGAGAGCAGGAAGAACGUGUUAAGACUGGGCUCAUGCGAGCAAAGCAAGACCGGCUCAUGGCCGAAUUGUCUGUCCUUCAAGGGAAUCACUCCGAAGAAAACCUAGAACCUGCUCAGGAAGGUUGUGUCGAAGAAACUACGGAAAUGGCCGUAUCUGCUGAAAAAGUGCCAGAGGCCAGCGGCGUAAUGAAAAAACGGGAGUUUGACGAUAGUCUGCCCCCCCAUCAAGAGGAAUCUACAUCAAGGUCUGAGUCUAAUGAGGAACCAAGAAAUGAUCAUCGAUUGGCCACAGCACCACAAGAAGACAGUGACGACUCUGCAACUGAAUUUGAUCAGCACAAGAUGGAAGCAACCGAAGAAGAACCGGGAAGUGGCGACAAGCAAUUUUAAUAAUAGUUUUCAAAUUAUUUACAUUUGCCCAAGAUUUAUAACGUCCUAACAUUUUCGCACUAUUAGUAUUAAUGGAGAUCCGUUUUAUUUUCGUUACUUUAUUAAGUUUAUUUAUUACUAUAUAGAUCUUUAAAGUUCCUUAGCGAACGCAUUUUAUUGCCAUUUGUCCUAUAAUAGCAGAAUUGCUAGUUUUGUUUGUGAUUUUUUAUUUUUGACAUUUUAUUUAUUUGUAAGUAAUGUCGGACAUAAUACUAUUUAGUCAUAAUCUAAGUUAAGUGCAGAUUUUGUAAACUGUAAGUAAAUGUUAAUUGAAUAAAGUUUUUUCAAGGAAAAAAA